AUGGCGCCGGCCAAAACAACAACCGAUCUUCCCGACUAUGAGUAUCCCCCAGAGACGCAAGAACAACUGGACUGGGCAGACCUCGAGGCUCUGGACAUCUCCAAGAUCAACGACCCCAAUGGAAUACAAGAGCUGGCAGAACAGGUCCUUGGCUUCAUCAACAAGAACGGUUUCUUCUACGUCACCGGCCAUGGAUUCACCGACGAGGAGAUCCGACGCCAAUACGCCAUAGCGAAGGCAGUAUUCGAACUGCCUUUGGAAGAAAAGUUGAAGUAUAUCUGCGACACGGCCAAAGGCGACUUCCGCGGCUACAAGCCUCAAUCCACCGGCAAGCUGGCGGCGCGCGACAACGACGAGCGCUACAACAUUCCCAAAUUCACACCAGAGCACGAGCGGCCGCAUCCGAAAAUCAUCAACGACCACAUCGAAGAGAUCAAGGACUUCUCUCUGAAAAUCCACAACACCCUCCUCCUCCCGCUCCUCCGCCUCUUCGCCCACGCCCUCGAGCUGCCCGACCGCGACCACUUCGUCCGCCAGCACCGCUACGCCGCACGGGGCCUCGAGUACCUGCGCUACAUGCAGUACCACCCGCGCACGGCAUCCGCGGACGCCGCGGGCGGCAACAUCUGGGCGCGCGGCCACACCGACUACAACACUCUGACGUUCCUGUUCCACCAGCCCGUCGCGGGGCUGCAGGUGCAGACACCAGGUGGUCAGUGGAAGCACGUGCGCUCGCCGCGUGACGCUGUUAUCGUGAAUAUCGCUGAUGCGCUGGAGUUUCUGAGUGGGGGGUAUCUGAAGUCGACGGUGCACCGCGUCGUAAGGCCGCCGGAGGAUCAGGCGGGGGAUAAGAGGUUGAGUUUGAUUUAUUUUGCGAGGCCGGAGGCGGAUGUGGUGUUGCGGCCGGUGGAGAGCCCGUUGUUGAGGAGGUUGGGGGUGCAGCAGAGUGGUGGUGGGGGCAGGAGUGGGGAGGGGGUGUUUGAGGAGGAUGUUACGGCUGAAGAAUGGGCGAGGGCGAGGAUCGCAAAGGACCACAGGUUCCGGGUGGGGCUGGUGGACCAGCGCGAGAAGGAAAUUAUUGCUGGUGUUAACGAGAAGUAUUAUGAUUGA